AAAUGCGUCGCCGGUUUCUUAUCACGUGAAAACGAAAAUAACAAAUGUUGAUCAAAGAAUCUUAAUUACGACCGGUGAUGAUGUACAGGACUAAGCAAGACGUCGAUCGUCACGUCUCCAGUGUGUUGGCGAGGAUCAAGGACGAAAAAGAGAGAAAUGCACGGGGAUAUCAGAUUGCAAAGUUAUAUUAUGAGGCGAAAGAAUAUGAAAUCGCAAGAAGGUAUCUGGCUGGCUUUCUAAGUAUAAGAGAAAAUCUUCCUCAGGCUCACAAGUUGAUGGGACAGAUCCAUGAGGCGUGUGGUCAAACUGCACAGGCUGUAGCCAGCUACAAACGGUCUUUGGAGUUAGACGAUAAACAGAAAGAUGUUGUCUACAAAAUUUGUGAGCAGUACAGUAAAACUAAUAUGGAUCCGGAUAGAGCAAAGUUUUGGGCAGAAAAAGGAGAGAAGUUAUUCCCAAAUAGUGAUGUAGUCUUCAAGCUGAAGGAAAAAGCUAUGACUGGACAGGGAAAUAAAAACUUCAAAGAGAUGGAAUCGCUCAUAUCUGCAGAAUUGUACAUGUAUGCUGUUAUGUGUUUAAAAGAUGGCUGGAAUGGAUGUUUGCACAUAGCCAAACAAAAGCAGUGGGUUAUCUCUUGCGGUCAUGUAUGUUUCCAGGUGAAGAGGCCAGGUGAUGUAGACCUCCGAAUUCGGCUGUUGAAGAUGUAUGUGACAACUGGACAUGUGAAUGAUGCCUAUCACCAUGCUGUGGAGAUUGAGCAAACGCUGGCCUAUGUGGAUAGUCUCCCCUGGUACGAGUACCUGGUGGAUCUUCUCGGGACUUUCCAACAGGAAGCUGGCUGUUCAGAGGACAGUGUGUUUUACUCCUUCAAGCUGAUGGCUGUACAAAACCUGGUUCACCUAACGUUACAAUACGCAGACGUGGUUAACGCUGCUGAGGCACUUCAUAUAUUUGAUCUGUGUAUACACCAAGCUCAACAGAUCCACAAAAUGACCAAGGAAUGGCAAGCUUUACUGAAAGAGAUGCAAGGACAAUUUUUCUACAUGGCUGGAACUCUCCUGUUAAAGAGAGCACAAAGGAACCAUUUGACCUGGAGAGAUGCUACGGGAGUGGCCGCAGCCUGUUACCUGGCCAGUCAUCAGUUCCCUCCCCUGAAUUCUCGGGCAGAGUGGUUUGUCAGGUCACCCAUUAAUAAGUUGAAAACAAACGACAGACUGCUGAAGAUCAGUAACUUCCGAUGUAGUCAAACAGGCCAUCUUCUGAACAUGAUGUGUCGAGGUGAAAAAGAGCAGUGGGCGCGCGACCUAAAACGCCACUGCACGCUUCAAGGCCGAGAAAAACUUUACGACUCUCUCUUCACUCUACGCGAGAUGAAAACCCUCAAACCAAAGUCCUACCUUAUGCAGUCUAAAGCCUUCUGUGAUUUUGAAAUUUCCGUGCCCUCUACUGAACAGCUGGUUGAUUACGAUUCAGUGGCUCACCUACUACAACCUGACAACCUUCACUGUCUGGUGUGGCUGGCCUUGCAGCACUACAGCUGGAGGGAUAACACCCAGCCCAGAUAUGAUUUUGAUGUGUUCAGCACCUUACAGUAUACAACAACAACAAACCUAGAGAAUGCUGCGCCAGAGUCUCUUUGUCAACUGGACGUGGAGGUGUUUCUUUAUGCGACUGUCCGCUGCUCUGCCCUCAAGGUGCAGGAAAGUCGUCUGAUCCUGCCUCAAGAUGGAAGUCAGCCCGAGUUUUUACCCACAGUGCUGUGCAAACCUUUGUGUAGUAAAGAGCAGGCAGACUGGUGGGAAGCUGCAUAUAAACUCUAUGCAAACAUUGCCAAAGAUAAUUUCCCCAAAUUACGACUGGUGUUACAGAGGGGUUUGGAGGCAGUUCGGAUCAUUGGGAAUCACGGAAUGUCCAUCAACAUGAUCGUACACCUGGCUAAGACACUGGACGAAAGGGCAUCAGAAAUGAGAGCAAAACCAGACCAGGAUUCCGCCUCAGACCCAGUGAUAUCAGCAGUGGAAACCAGGACAGCUCACUAUUGGCGCAAAGCACUGGAGCUCCUGCACAAGAUGGAAAGACAUCAGCCGGUGCGAAUAUCCCAGGAACGCCUCUUUCCGGAGGAUGGGGCAAAAGAACUGGACUCAAAAACAAUCAGGAGUCUGAUAGGGGAUGGAGAGUUGUAUAUUGGCGUCAUAGCCAUGAACAAUAAGGAGUACGAGUCUGCACUGAUGUCAUUUGAGAAAGUGGAGCGACCGUACGCUUCUUACUACACAGCACAGGUGUACAAACAACUGGCUAACAGUGCGGUGUGUGACAAGACCAAGGAUCAGCUGACGCCAGAUGUCCGCGCAAAGUAUGAAGCGCUUUUGAUCAAGGCUAGAGACGCCUUCUAUCUCACAUUGGACAGGCUGCGUGGAGACAAAAACCAUGAGCUCAACAAGUUGCUGUCACGUGACCUGGAUGAUAUAGAAAUCAGACUGUCCCGGGCAGACACAGAGGAAGGUAUUCAGAAUGACAGUGUUAACUUGAGUGUGAACUCUGAGGACUUUGAGAGCCCCAUGGGGCUAACAGGUGUGCAGACCAUGCCCAUCGCUACCCCCAGCAGGCUGCCCUACCUGGCCCAGAGCACCCCUAACCUGAAGCCCAUUGUCAGGAAUACGCUCUCCACACUGAUCGACGAAGACAAGCCUCACUUGUCAAUGUCUGAGGUCAGUGGACGUAUCCGACCCAGCCCAGAGCGUCUUGAAGCCCAGAUGAGAGCACUGACCUUAAGUCAAGACACGCUGCUGAAGACAGUGAUGGAGCAGAACAAAGAACUUAUCCAGAACAACAAAGAGAUUAUGGAUGAACUGAAGGAGUCACGCACGCUCAACAAGCAGCUUCAGGACCAGUUGACUCAGAUGACCCAAGCUCGUCUUAUGGGAAGUGGUCCAUUUCUGCCUCCCCAGGGGCUAUCACAGACACUCCCCACAGGCUCACCAUACAUGAUGGGUGCCCCACUCCAGGCUGGAGGAUUCCCUUACUCACCAUCACCCAGCUGGAUGCCUCAGUAUGGCUACCAGAUGCCAAGCCCAAGCCAUGCAGGGAGCGUGCGAUUUCCCUCAGUGAACAGACUAGGGCCAAGGCAUCACCCCAUCAAUCAAGGGGACUUCUACAGUGGCCCAGCUUACAGCUUUGCCACUGCAGACCUGGAGGAAGACAUCAUUGAUCGGGAUGACAACGAGGAAGAAGACCCUUAUCAUAUAGACGGGGAGUGCUUUGUCGAUGAUGGGACAGGGGCACAGCCGUAUUAUCUGCAAGAUGUACAAGACUGGCCAUACGGGAAUAGAGCAGGACUUGAAGGCAAAUCCACAAUAACCUACCAGCCACAUAUGCGCCCACCAGUCCCACAACAAGGACUGGUGGGAGCAGGGCUUAGAGGACAGUCUCUGCAGUAUGGUUACCGACCACCAGUGCCAUCCCCUGCCAUGCCAGGCCCAGGGUAUUUCUCUUCCCCACAAACCCAUGCUUCUGUGUAUCCUUCAAAUACCACUACACACUCAUCACUUGCCACUGCUCUGGCAACUAAUGCUCCAGGCCUGUUUAGUGCCCAGGGCACCGGCAGCCCUAACCUAACCUCUACAGUCUCUACCCAAGCAUUGCCUCCUAAUGUUGUGGCAGGCCAGGCUAUGGCACUGAAACCUAAUGUGCCAGUCUCCAUGGUAACCAGACCACAAAUGGCUGGAAAAUCUGCACCGAUGACUUCUGUUGGCCAGCCUCUUGCAGGACAGCUGAGUACAGGUCAGACAGCUUCUGCGCAGAGACCAGACCAACCUGCGGCUCAUCCCUCCACACCUACACUCCCUGAAGGUGUGUCCCUGCUGUUUGCAGGGAGAGCAACCAUCACAGCCAAUGCUAAUAAACCUCUGGCAUGUAGCUUGAAGAUGUUCCACAUUGUACGGGGAAGCAGACCAAUGAUCGCUGUACAAGCUGUCACAGAAACCAAAGAGGUGGUGAUGAACCAUGAAUUUUCCGCAGAGGUUCAGGUAAAGCCAGCCAUGUUUGUGCCAGACACUUUUGAGUGGACAAAAACUGGCUCCACGGAUAAGUUUGUCCUUAAGUUCAGUGACACCAACGAGACGGCUGGCUUCAACUUGGCUGUUGAGAAAGUCAAAGUGCUGUUGCAAAACAUUGCUGCUGCAAGGGAAGGUACACCAACAGGGACUACAUCUGCUCCAGCAUUGGCGAAGAGUGGACAGCCUGUUCUUCAGACUGGUGGCUCUGCCGCUGGCAUGCUAAGCCAGAUUGCAGCCAAGCAUAAAGACACACAAAAUAAACCCUCUUUACCAACUGUGCCGGCUGCUGAUGCAGCUAAAGGUGAUGCUGGCAAAAAUGUUUUUGGAGGAUUCACUUUCAAGGCUGCACCAAUCAUCAGCUCUCCGGCUACAUCAGGAACUGAAGAAAGACAGAAAGCAGUCCCAUCUGGCAAGGCACUGACUAGUCCAUCCAAAACAACAACUAAGCCGUUUGAGGGAUUUUCUUUUGCUGCUGGAACUCAGAACCCAGCAACACAGCCUGGACAAGGUGCUGCCACGCCCUCAUUUGCUGGUCUGUCUGCUGGCAAUACAGCAUCACCUGUGGUCAACAGAUCUCCGGGAGUGAAGGUAACAGCUGGGAAAGACAGUCCUGGAAGAAGAGAGGAAGACACUGUGGAUGAGUACGAACCUAAUGUGGAUUUUCAACCGGUUAUUCCUUUACCCGACCUGGUGGAAGUGAAGACUGGUGAAGAAGAGGAAGACAAGCUGUUUUCCGAAAGAUGCCGAUUAUUUCGCUUUGACACGGAAUCAAAACAGUGGAAAGAGAGAGGAGUGGGUGAAAUGAAAAUCCUACGACACAAGAAGACGAAGAGAACAAGAAUUGUCAUGAGACGAGACCAAGUUCUGAAACUCUGUGCCAAUCAUUACCUGAGCGAGGACAUGAAGCUGAGCCCCAUGCCUUCUUCAAGUAAAUCUUGGUGCUGGAAUGCUGUGGAUUACGCGGAUGAGGAGGUAAAGAAUGAGCAGCUGGCCGCUAGAUUUAAGAAUGCAGAAAUAGCUGCUACUUUCAAGAAAGUCUUUGAAGAGUGUGUGGAGAAGAUCAAGGCAGAACCUGAGGUCACCUCAUCUACAGAUGCUCCGACAGCCAAAGUGGAGGACAAGUCUCCUGCGGUUUCUAAACCUUUGUCAGAGCUGUUCAAACCUGCAGAAGGAUCGUGGGAAUGCAGUGGAUGCUUCAUACGUAAUGAAGGCACAGUGAAAAAAUGUCCAGCAUGUGGUAACUUAAAGCCUGGAGUUAAACCAGAAGAUGUCAAAGAAGAACCAUCAUCAACUUCGGCUUUUGGGGCCACUGGCACUGGGUUUAAAUUUGGCUCGUCUGGAUUCAGCCUUGGCUCUACAGGAGGAUUUUCCUUCGGCUCUCCUGUUCCAUCUUCCAAGGGAGCUUCUGCUAAACCUGAAGCUGAUAGCUCCACUGGGUUUUCAUUCGGCAGCCCUGCAUCUUCAAGCAAAGACGUGUCUGAAAAGUCGACCACUGGAAUAUCUUCUGGAUAUACUUUCGGUUCCUUUUCACAGAACAAAGACGCAUCUAAGCCAGCAGCAAACAGUACCAGUGGAGUUGUUUUUGGUGAACAGGAAACGAAGCCAUCCAGCAGUGAAGCAGCUGCGAGUCAAGGUAAGAAAACAGAUGUUAGUUCCAAAACUUUAUCCGAACUAUUCAAGAAACCCGAGGGAUCCUGGGAAUGCUCUGGCUGUUUAAUCGUUAACAGCGCUGCUGUGAAAAAGUGCCCUGCUUGUGGCACUCUGCAAGCUGGUGUGAAGCCGGAAGAAGUGCAGGGCGCGUCUGGCUUCAAGUUCACAUCAGGAGCUGGGUUUUCUUUUGGUACCCAGACAAAACCAGCUGAGUCUUCAGGAAGCUCCACAUUCACAUUUAGCAGCUCUGAAAAGACAGAGGGGAGUUCAGGGUUUGUGUUUGGAAGCAGUUCCUCUGGAAACAAACCAAGUGGCUUCUCUUUUGGUGUGACAACCACAGCUUCAACAACUGCUACUGAAGCAGAGAAAACGAGUGGCACACAGGGUAAGACUCUGAAAGAUUUGCUUCAGUCGGAUUCGCCAGCCACCGGGUCAACAUUGCUGACAGACAUAGCACAGUCAGAGACAUCCACUAAAACCCCUGUCUCAUCCAAGAGUCUUUUUGGAUCUUCCACAACAGGCACAGUAGCAGGUGCCCUUGGGGGCACAGGCUCAGCCAGUGACUCUUUUGUCUUUGGCUCUCCGUUGACAAAGUUCACAUUCACUGGUGUGGGUCCCUCAACCCCAAGCACCUCAGCAAAAGCCCAUGUAGUCACCUCCCCCAAGUCACCAGAGGUAGAUGAUCAUGGACACUAUGUGAACAAAGAAGGGGAAGACUCCCACAUCUUCUUUGAGCCUGUGGUGAAACUUCCAGAAAAGGUAGAUUUGAAGACUGGAGAAGAAGAAGAGACCGUUAUGUUUGAGAGUCGUGCAAAGCUGUAUCGAUUUGACAACAGUGAGUGGAAGGAGCGUGGUUUGGGAGUCGUGAAGCUACUCCAUCAUAGCAAGAACAAGAAAAUUCGAAUCCUUAUGCGAAGAGACCAGAUCCUGAAGAUUUGCUGCAACCAUCAGAUUACAACAGAUAUGGACCUGAAGCCUAUGGCAAAGUCAGAGGGUAAAGCCUGGAUCUGGCAUGCAGUGGACUUUGCGGAUGAAGAUCAUAAACAUCAGCAGCUGGCAAUACGCUUCAAAACACCAGAAAUUGGGAACAAGUUCAAGGAGACGUUUGAACUGGGACGUCAGCUGGCGGCAGAAAGAAGCCCUGUCAAGGGGAGCCAAUCAAACCUCCAGAAGGAGGCACCCACACCUGCUUCUGCUAAAGCAGGUGAGGAUGAUGAUGUUGUGUUUGUGAGAGAAGAAAAAGCCACACCUGAGCAGGUGGUAAAAGCCCGAAGUUACAAAUUACCUGACAAUUUCUAUCUGUACGAGAAGGUGCAGCCCUGCCCAGGGUGUUUGGGGUGCGUGGAUGGUGAUGAGGAGAAACUGACUGAGAUGCUGAAGAACUCCCCUGCCCCACCUUCCACCAGAAGGAGGUCUCCAAGGAAGUCAGAAUCGGAGAAAACUGCAGCUGUGUCUCUGUUUGGAUCAGCACCCGUGACAAACACGCAGUCAGACUCUGCAGUCAGUACGUCCUCAAUGUUCGGCAGUCAGUCAGGUGGACUGUCUUUUGCUGCCUUAGCCCAAAAGUCGGCUACACCUUUUGCUUUUAAACCAGAUGGAAAUAAGCCUUUCUCUUUCUCUGGGGCUGGAGCUCAAGUCUUUGGAGGGAAAAAAGAUGAUGGUGCCGCUGGAGAUGAUGAUGAGGUUGCUCCUAGCAACGACAUCCAUUUUGAACCAAUCAUUUCCUUGCAGGAAAUGGACGUGAAAACUGGUGAGGAAGAUGAGGAAGUAUUGUUUUGUCAGCGCUCAAAGCUCUUCAGGUUUGACAAGGAAGCAAAGCAGUGGAAGGAACGUGGUACAGGGGAGAUAAAAAUUCUAAAACACAGGGAAACUGGAGCAUACCGGAUUCUCCAACGUCGGGACCAAGUGCUGAAAAUCUCUUGUAACCAUCUUCUGACCCCUGACCUCCAGUUGAAGCCCAUGUCCACAUCCGAGACGUCAUGGUGUUGGACGGCCCAGGAUUACGCAGAAGAGGAAGCCAGAGUUGAGCAGUUUGCCAUCAAAUUUAAGAAUGUAACUUUAGCCAAGGAAUUCAGGGACAUGUUUAUCAAAUGUCAAAAUGACAUGAAAGUGAAGGAGCAGAAAGCUGGUGUGGUAGAGGAGAUAGUAGAACCUUCUGUGAGAAGUUCAACAGGGUUCACAGCUGGGGACAAAGACAAUGUCUGCUACAGUCAACAGCUGGACAAAACAGCUGGUGUGGUAGAGGAGAUAGUGGAACCUUCUGUGAGAAGUUCUACAGGGUUCACAACAGGGGACAAAGGCAGUGUCCACUACAGCCAACAGCUUGACAAAACAGCUGGUGUGGUAGAGGAGAUAGUGGAACCUUCUGUGAGAAGUUCUACAGGGUUCACAACAGGGGACAAAGGCAAUGUCUACUACAGUCAACAGCUAGACAAAGCAGCUGGUGUGGUAGAGGAGAUAGUAGAACCUUCUGUGAGAAGUUCUACAGGGUUCACAACUGGGGACAAAGACAAUGUCUACUACAGUCAACAGCUGGACAAAACAGCUGGUGUGGUAGAGGAGAUAGUGGAACCUUCUGUGAGAAGUUCUAUAGGGUUCACAACAGGGGACAAAGGCAAUGUCUACUACAGUCAACAGCUAGACAAAGCAGCUGGUGUGGUAGAGGAGAUAGUAGAACCUUCGGUGAGAAGUUCUACAGGGUUCACAACUGGAGACAAAGGCAAUGUCGGCUACAGUCAACAGCUGGACAAAACAGCUGGUGUGGUAGAGGAGAUAGCGGAACCUUCUCUGAGAAGUUCUACAGGGUUCACAACAGGGGACAAAGGCAAUGUCUACUACAGCCAACAGCUUGACAAAACAGCUGAUGUGGUAGAGGAGAUAGUAGAACCUUCUGUGAGAAGUUCUACAGGGUUCACAACUGGGGACCAAGGCAAUGUCUACUACAGUCAACAGCUAGAUAAUACAGCUGAUGUGGUAGAGGAGAUAGUAGAACCUUCUGUGAGAAGUUCUACAGGGUUCACAACUGGGGACAAAGGCAAUGUCUACUACAGUCAGCAGCUAGAUAAUACAGCUGGUGUGGUAGAGGAGAUAGUAGAACCUUCUGUGAGAAGUUCUACAGGGUUCACAACUGGGGACAAAGGCAAUGUCUACUACAGUCAACAGCUUGACAAAACAGCUGGUGUGGUAGAGGAGAUAGUAGAACCUUCUGUGAGAAGUUCUACAGGGUUCACAACUGGGGACAAAGGCAGUGUCUACUACAGCCAACAGCUUGACAAAACAGCUGAUGUGGUAGAGAAGAUAGAACCCUCUGUGAGAAGUUCUACAGGGUUCACAACAGGGGACAAAGGCAAUGUCUACUACAGUAAACAGUUAAUCAAAGCAGCAUGCGAAGAAGACAACAUCAAGGUUUCUGUGCAGGAAUCAGGCAAGGGAGAUAACUCUGCCCACUCUACUGGAGGUGCUGGAGAUGCCGGCACUGAAGCAGAGGAGGAGGAGGAGGAUGAGUACGAAGAUGUGGAAGAUGAAGAUGAUGAAGACUAUGAGGAUAUCCUGCAGACAAUUUUUGAGAAGCGAGCAACUCUGUCUGCAUUUGAGGAUAACAAAUGGAAGGUGCUGGGAAUGGGUGACUUGAAAGUACUCUACGAUGAUGAUGUCACAGCUCACCGAAUUUCCAUGGAAACCGACAACCAGACUAAAGUGUGCAACCAUAUCAUAUCAAAGGAAAGUUCACUGAGCAGCGACGAAAAGCGAGUAUGUCAGUGGGCGGCGGUGGAUUUUUCGACAGACGAACCAAUCAAGCGAAUGUUUAUGGCUCAGUUUAGCUCUGCACCUGCCCUCAAAGAGUUCACAGAGCACUUCCAUAAGGGUGUUCAACUCGCUUUGGAGUCAGACAUAUCAGAGCGUGAUAUGAUGAGUACCUUCCCGCGGGAGAUCGUCCGACCAGAAGUUGUUGGUAGCCCGGAUUCAAAAGAUGGUGCCGGUGGCGUAAAAUUUGGAGGUGUGUGAUGCUGACAGAGGAUAGAGGAUUUAUUAAAGAACUCUUUACUAAAAUGAAAAAACGGUUUUACAGUGCAUGUGACAUUUUAGGUAAUAUUAUCACAUAUCGGAUUUUGGUCCCCUGCAGCUGUUUCUUUUAGGCUGUACUGAAUAACAUUGUCAUUGGAGUGAAGUUUGUUCUACUUUUAAGACAGGUUGUUUUUGCUUUUCUGUGUGCUUAUGUAAAAAUCCUGCCUGCGGAAUUCAAAUGCCAGAUUUGUCCUCUCUGUGCACUUUUUAAAUGGGGCAUUCGGUCGGGAGUUUUGUCUGUUACUUGAACCUGGCAAAGGGCAUUGGUUUUACUCCAAGGUCUCGGGUUUUCACAAACCUGACCACUGUCAUAUGAGUGAAAAAUUCUCGAGGACAACAUUAAAGAGCCUUUCCAAUAAAUAAACAAAUCUUCCUAUGUGUGUAUACAUGUACAUAUUCAUAGAUUUAACCAGAACAGUUUUGGCCGCUGUCGUGUAAGUGAAAUAUUCUUGAGUACUGCGUAAAACGGUAAUCAAAUAAGUAAAUAAAUAAAUAAAUAAACGAGAGCAUUUCCAUCAUGACGUUUUGUUCUGUUGCGCUAUCUUUUUUUUUUUGUUUCACUUGGACAUGCACUCUGCUCGUAUUAUGUCUCUGUUGGUGAUGGAAUUUUUGCUUGUUACUUUGUGUGAAUUACUUGUACAGCAAUCAUGGUCAAGUUUGGAUAUGAUGUAAUCGCACAGAAUUAGGUCAGCCUGGUCGUGUAACACUGUUAGUUUUCUCAGUAUUAGGAAAUCUGCUAUUUCAAACUGAAACUAAAGUUUCUGCCAGGCAAAUCCUUUUUCAUUUGUACACUGUUUCUAUAUCUUGUUUCCCUCCUUUCUGUUCAUUUCUCUAUUCCUUUCCUCUUAUUCUACAUCCUGAUCUCUACAAGAUACAUGGUCUUGAAUUUCACACAUUCUGCAAGAAAAAAAACUACUGUCUUUUAACUUAAUUUUCUAGUUAUGUUAUUGUUACUUGCAGUUGUGGGUGUAUUUCUCCAUGGGUAGUGUUAAUGUUCUUACACGUUGAUAAUAUUAAAUAACGUAGAAAUUAUGGAUCAUGUUAAGUUGUUUCCUGUCCUUUAUUUGAUGCCAUUGUAUAGAGGGAUGGAAGAACUUUGUAACAAAACCUUAAAACAAAAAUUAAAUUAAAAAGGUUUCAGUUGUCAAAUUGAGUUACUAUUAAACCAUUG